AUGACGCAAGCACAGGAAAGUCUUGCACGCUUCCAAGCUCGCCGCGAAGAAGCACUUUCCAAAGUGGACGUUGAUCUAUCCCGAAUCCCAGAGAAGUUGUCCGGGAAUGUGACAGACAUACCAAGACAGUGUCUCUCGCAGGAAGAUAUUGGCAUUACUGAAUCAUCCGCUCAGUCGCUGCUCGCUUCUCUUGCACAGGGAACCCUCACUGCAACCGCAGUUACCAAGGCUUUUCUCCGCCGAGCGGUCGUUGCACAGAAACUGGUCAACUGUGUUCAUGAACUCCUACCAGAGCGAGCGCUUGCACGGGCGAAAGAACUGGACGAAUAUUUUGCAAAGCACAAGAAGCCAAUUGGCCCCCUCCAUGGUCUUCCCGUCAGUGUGAAGGCUCAUAUGGGCGUCAAGGGAUGCGACACCAGCUCCGGCUUUGUUGCUUGGGCAGGACGCCCAUCUCCCGAUGAUGCCGAGCUUCUCAAGAUUCUGAUUGCAGCUGGAGCAGUCGAAUACGUGAGAACAACGGAACCGCAAGCACUGUUGAUGUUGGAGACAAAAAGCAAUGUCACCGGCGAGACAGUGAAUCCCCACAGCAUUGCUCUGACCCCUGGUGGUUCGUCCGGUGGUGAAUCUGCUCUGCAGGCACUUUACGGCAGCCCACUCGGUAUUGGCACAGACAUGGGAGGCAGUAUCCGCUCGCCAGCAUCAAACUGCGGCUUAUACGGGUUCAAACCCACCACGCACCGAAUCCCUCUUACCGGAUGGACUGCCUACAACAUCGGCGUGGAGACAAUCUGGGGAACGGCCGGCCCACUAUGCCCAACAUUUGAAGGCAUCAACCUGAUGAUGAAAGUUAUCCUUGACGCUGAGCCUUGGCGCAAAGACCCAAGCCUGCAUCAGAUGCGCUGGCGAGAACAUGCCCAGUGUAUUAACCCGAAAGGAGAAAAGAAGUUCAGAGUCGGCGUUAUGUGGGACGACGGUAUUGUAAAGCCUCUCCCACCGGUAACUAGAGCCCUGCAUGAAGUUGUGGCGAAGCUCCAGUUAGUCCCCGGUGUCGAGGUGGUUGAAUGGAAACCAUUCCACCACGAUGAUGCAAUGGAGAUCCUCGCAGGCCUCUACUCUCCUGAUGGUGGUAAAUCAUACGAAGCCCUUCUCCAGGAGGGUGGAGAAUCUGCUCUCCAGCUUGCAAACUGGGUUGCGAAAGAGAGCCCUGCCGUCAAAGCCCACGAUCUCCCUGCUCUAUGGAAUUUAUUGAAGAGACGCGAGGCAUACCGCUUCAAUUACUUGACCGAAUGGAACAAGCUCGAACCUGACAUGGACGUGAUUCUAUGCCCCGCCCACCCCAAUGUUGCGCCUGUUCUCUCCACAUCUCGGUACUGGGGUUAUACAUCGAUCUGGAAUAUCCUUGAUUACCCAGCCAUUGUAUUCCCAGUUACGAGAAUCAAUGCACAACUGGACAUCAAGGAGACAGGAUAUACGCCUAGAAAUGAUGACGACGCUUUGUAUCAAGAUAACUAUGACCCUGUGGUCCAAGCCUCGGCUCCUGUCUGUCUUCAACUAGUUGGUAAGAAGAUGCAGGACGAGAUGGUUGUGCAGGCAAUGAAGGAAAUCAAGGAUGCUAUCGGUCUGCCCUUCGUCAAUUGCCUGAAUGGAUGAUAUUCCCCCCCUUCCCCCUUUUUUUGUUGUCUAUAUGGAACUGUCUCGGGUUUUAUGCAAGGAGGCCGUUUUCCAUUUUACUACUGAUUCGUGGCUACAUUUUGAAAGGGACUCAAAACAUUAUGCAAACCCCAAAAGAAAAAAAAAGACGAUAACCCUACCAAUGCUAUUUUCUGUGGCAACCCAAUUUUUUCCCGUUCCCUUUAACUAUCAAUACCAGGGUACAAACAAACGAAUCUAAUAAUACUCCCUCCUAUUCCUGACUUCAUCCUGUCUACUGCGCAGUAUGAGGACGGUGAAUAUCCAUAUCGACGCUGAAACGCUAUGGCUCGUUCACAGCUUCUGGAGUAGCUUGUACACUUGAGCUUCGUGCGCGUGGAGUUUCCUUUUUACCAGGCACGUCAAGGCUAGAAUCACAACUCUUCCUGAGCUUCAGUCCAGUCUGCCUCUCGCAGGUUUCGGCGCCGGAGACUUGAAAGGGAUGCGGGUGAUUUGUUGAAUUCGCCUGGUUCACAAAUGUUGGGAUCAGUGAGUUAGCGGCUGCCACACCAAGUUCCGGGUGCUCUUCUACAUCUGCUCGUGCUCUCGAGUUCCGAAAAUACGCAACCACCCCCUUGAGCCAUGAUACAACUCGUCUAGACAUUGGUUCAGCUGGUGAUGGGCUGACGAAGGUUGAACUCGAGUCGACAAACCGCUUUGUCGGAAGGACCUCGGACGCUGUAUUUUGCGAAUUUUGUGCUUUCUCCUUUAAUCUGCGGAUUAUAACCAGUGUGAAUCCAGUAGUGGAAAUGGAGAUCAGUAUAGCGAAGAGGAUAUAGAAGAUAUCCCACUCCUUCUUAGACUUAUCAGCGCAGUGCUCGUCAAUUAGCCUCUCGUCUCUGCGUGGAAAACACAUCCUGCACAUCUGGGCCAGUGUGGGCUUCAGCUUGAUGCCUGGCUUGGUCACACAAGUCGCAGCAAGAUCACCGGAUGGGCAUGCAAGCUCACGACAGGUCAACGGUCUAGUAGCAGUCUGAGUCGGUCGAGCUUUGCCUGUGGCAGUUGGCUGGAGACUUCCGGUCUGUCUGGGAUCCGUGUUGUCCCCGGGCUUGACGAGAUUAAACCGAGACUUUUGAUCGUCUCGACGCUCAUUUUGGGUUUCCGUCGACGACUUGCUGGCAGAAGGGUUUGACUGUCUGUACCAGCGUAUGAGGGUGAAAAUCGCCUGUCUGCAGGAUCUCAUCUUUGAUCCACUGAUUUGAACGAGAUCACUUGGUGGUAUUUCCGGUGAAUAAGGGACAAGCUCUUCAACGCACGUCUCAAGAUCCGCCAGCAGUCGCUCAAGGGUGACUCCGUUCAUUGUGUCUUUGUAGCUAGUGGUCUCUGCGCUUCUCACAUUAUCGGUAAUGCCUGGCUGCUGAGCGGGCGGAGCACCCAGUGUGAUGGUGUCUUCAGAGGCAGAUCGGCCAGUAAUAGACUCCUUGACAGUUGUAUGCACACCAAGGUGUCUUAGAGGAAUCGACCAAGCCGUCACUUGGACGAGAAGGCAUAUCAAGCACACCAUGCGCCGGACCGAAUACCACAUCUUGCUGUCUUCACGUCAUGUACAGUGGACAGUCGCUCUCUUGCCAUGUUCUCCCUCCCCCUCUUCUUCUGCCCUCUUCUUGUUUUGCAUCUUUAACCAGUCAACUGCUCGUAACUUGCUGAAGGCGCGGCCCUGCAGUCAUGCCUCCCUUCAAGCAACCGCAGGUGCAUAACUUAGGACCCAGGAUCAAUAUCAGCGGCUAUUAAGCGAAACCAGCAGCAAGGAUGAGGGAAAACACCACGUGUAGAACGAACUAGUUAAAAAAAAUAUAUAUAUAUAUACUCCGUAGGUUUAGUUUAUGUGCAUUAUUUACUUAUCUUCCGUAGAGUAAAUAAUGAUAGCUUUGCUCCUUUCGACCCUCCGUUCGAUAAAGGGGUGGAAAAAGGAGAACUCCCUCGGAAAGGCAGAUACGAGCCAUCCGCUGGACCUCAGGGUGAAACGUCCCCUGUCGCGCAUUUCAAACACGCAAGCCAGUCAUCGCUUGCAUCUUCCUUCUCGUCCGCAGGCAGGAUAUACAGAGUAUAUAUACAAAACUCAUGGAAGGCCCAGGUCGUGUG